AGCAGCGGCGAGCCCGGGCGACGGCGGCGGGGCCCGAGCGCGGAGCCCCCGGGAUAGAGCGCGCACCGGGGUGUUCCGGCACCCCGCUCGCCCCGGGCCGCCGCGGAAGAUGGUGGCGGCGCCGUGCGCCCGGAGGCUGGCGCGGCGCUCGCACUCGGCGCUGCUGGCGGCGCUCAUGGUGCUGCUGCUGCAGACGCUGGUGGUGUGGAAUUUCAGCAGCCUGGACUCCGGAGCUGGCGAGCGGCGGCGCGCGGGGGCAGCGGCGGGAGCAGCCGAGCAACAGCAGCAGCCCGCGGCCCCUCGCCGGGAGCGCAGGGACCUUGCUGCCCAUCAGCCCGCAGCCCGUGGAGGACCCGGAGGCCGAGCAGGCGGAGGAGGAGCACGGGGAGGCGGCCCCGGAGGAGCCCGCGCGCAGCAGCCUGGCAGCCGCGGGGCACUGGCCGCCCGGGCGAGGGAUCCACACCCGAGUCCACUGAUCACCCUAGAGACCCAGGAUGGCUACUUCUCUCACCGGCCCAAAGAAAAAGUUCGGACCGACAGCAACAAUGAGAACUCGGUCCCGAAGGACUUUGAGAAUGUGGACAACAGCAACUUCGCCCCCAGAACCCAGAAGCAGAAGCACCAACCAGAGUUGGCAAAGAAGAUCCCCAGCAGGCAGAAAGAGCGGCUGCAGAGGAAGCUGGAUGCUCAGGAGAAAGGACAGGGGCAGUCAGUCCUGGGCAAAGGCCCCAAGGAGGUGCUGCCUUCUCGGGAAAAAGCCACGGGUGACAGUAGCCAAGGGAAGGAUCUCUCGAGACACAGCCAUGCCAGGAAGACUGGUGGUGGUGGUGGUUCCCCCGAAACCAAGUCUGACCAGCCCCCCAAGUGUGACAUCUCUGGCAAGGAGGCCAUCUCAGCCCUGACCCGUGCUAAGUCCAAGCACUGCCGCCAGGAGAUUGCAGAAACCUACUGUCGCCACAAGCUGGGCCUGCUGAUGCCAGAGAAGGUGGCUCGGUUCUGUCCCCUGGAGGGCAAAGCCAACAAGAAUGUCCAGUGGGAUGAGGACACUGUGGAGUACAUGCCCACCAACCCGGUCAGAAUCGCCUUUGUCCUGGUGGUCCAUGGCCGUGCUUCUCGGCAGCUACAGCGCAUGUUCAAGGCCAUCUACCACAAAGACCACUUCUACUACAUCCACGUGGAUAAGCGUUCCAAUUACUUGCACCGGCAAGUGCUCCAGUUCUCCAGGCAGUACGACAAUGUCCGAGUCACCUCCUGGAGAAUGGCCACCAUCUGGGGCGGGGCCAGCCUCCUGUCCACCUACCUGCAGAGCAUGCGGGAUCUCCUGGAGAUGACCGACUGGCCCUGGGACUUCUUCAUCAACCUCAGUGCUGCCGACUACCCCAUCAGGACAAAUGACCAGUUGGUGGCUUUUCUCUCCCGAUACCGAGAUAUGAAUUUCCUGAAGUCUCAUGGCCGGGACAAUGCAAGGUUCAUUCGCAAACAGGGCCUGGACCGUCUUUUCCUGGAGUGUGAUGCACAUAUGUGGCGCCUGGGGGACCGGCGGAUCCCAGAGGGCAUUGCUGUGGACGGUGGCUCUGAUUGGUUCCUGCUUAACCGGAAGUUUGUAGAGUAUGUGGCAUUCUCCACAGAUGACCUGGUGACCAAGAUGAAGCAGUUUUACUCUUACACCCUUCUUCCUGCUGAGUCCUUUUUCCACACGGUCCUGGAGAACAGCCCUCACUGCGACACCAUGGUGGAUAACAACCUGCGCAUCACCAAUUGGAACCGCAAGCUGGGCUGCAAGUGCCAGUACAAGCACAUCGUGGACUGGUGCGGCUGCUCUCCCAACGACUUCAAGCCUCAGGACUUCCAUCGCUUCCAGCAGACAGCCCGGCCCACCUUCUUUGCCCGAAAGUUCGAAGCCAUAGUGAACCAGGAAAUCAUUGGGCAGCUGGACUCUUACCUGUACGGCAACUAUCCUGCGGGCACCCCGGGCCUCCGCUCCUACUGGGAGAACGUCUAUGACGAGCCGGACGGUAUCCACAGCCUCAGCGAUGUGGCACUCACCCUCUACCAUUCCUUCAUCCGCCUGGGGCUGAGAAGAGCCGAGUCGUCCCUGCACACGGACGGCGAGAACAGCUGCAGGUACUACCCAAUGGGCCACCCAGCAUCUGUCCAUCUCUACUUCCUUGCCGACCGUUUCCAGGGCUUUCUGAUCAAGCACCACGUGACUAACCUUGCUGUGAGCAAACUGGAGACACUGGAGACGUGGAUGAUGCCGAAGAAAGUCUUCAAGAUCGCAAGUCCCCCCAGUGAUUUUGGGAGGCUUCAGUUUUCUGAGGUUGGCACUGAUUGGGAUGCCAAGGAAAGGCUGUUCCGGAACUUCGGUGGUCUUUUGGGUCCCAUGGAUGAGCCCGUGGGGAUGCAGAAAUGGGGGAAGGGGCCCAAUGUGACUGUGACUGUUAUUUGGGUGGACCCUGUCAACGUCAUCGCAGCCACCUAUGAUAUCCUGAUCGAGUCCACUGCGGAAUUCACACACUACAAACCCCCUUUGAAUCUGCCUCUGAGGCCUGGGGUCUGGACAGUAAAAAUUCUCCAUCACUGGGUGCCAGUUGCAGAGACCAAAUUCCUUGUCGCGCCUCUGACGUUCUCCAACAAGCAGCCCAUCAAACCAGAAGAGGCAUUGAAGCUGCACAAUGGGCCGCCUCGCAGUGCCUACAUGGAGCAGAGUUUCCAGAGCCUGAACCCCGUUCUCAGCCUGCCCAUCAAUCCUGCCCAAGUGGAGCAGGCCCGGAAGAACGCAGCUUCCACUGGGACAGCGCUAGAAGCCUGGCUGGACUCUCUAGUGGGUGGGACUUGGACUGCCAUGGACAUCUGUGCCACGGGCCCCACCGCCUGCCCAGUCAUGCAGACCUGCAGCCAGACAGCCUGGAGCUCCUUCAGCCCUGACCCCAAAUCAGAGCUGGGUGCGGUCAAGCCCGAUGGCCGGCUUAGGUAGCACUGGCGACAUGGGACCAAUGGGAGCCUCAAUCCCGGCCUCCUACAUUGUAUGGGGGUUGCCUUUUGUCCAAGGAUCUCUGCUGACUGUAGAAUGAUGAAGCGAGGAUUUGGAGGCCAGAGAAGAGACAGCCUGUAUUUGUCAAACUGGCCUCUGGGGUAGGUGACUCAGUCCCAGGGCCACAGUGGUCUCCCUUCUUCGGGUUGCUUCUCAGUCCUGCAGGUUCCUGUUCUCUCCCUCCUGUGGCCUGCACUGUCUCCCUACAAGUGAGUUUUAAGCUUUUAUUUUGAGCUGCAGAGCUUUGUUUACUCAGCACAGUCAGAGGUGGAAGUGCAAGACCAGGAAGCGACUGAGGCUGCUCUGGCUGAAGCUGAGCUGUGUGAGGUUCCUUCUGGAAGCUCAGCCCACCAGGCAGUCCUUUCCCCAAGGGCAUCUCCAAGGUACCUCUCACGAACCCAAGGGCUUUGUUGAAGUUGGUUUGACAGACGAGCACUGCCCUGACCAAGGGUGGGAUCUCCACCCCGGCCCUCCCAUUUAUCUCUUGAUUUCUGUGGCUGGGAAACCCCGUGCCCAUGCUAAAAGUAGCAAGCUGGUUCCUGCCUUCCCAGGGAGGUGGAGAUGUGGGAGAAUUCCAAGAUUCCUGCUGCUGCUCAGUGAGCUAUUUUUUGCUGCAAACCAGAAGUGCAGGAAAGCCCUUUGAUGUGAAGUGGCCAAGGUUCACCAGAUAUGUGACUGCCAUCUGUCCACGUCAACCUCUUCCAAGGCUGUCACAAAUGGUAGCAGGAACAGGGUAAAAUAUAUAGAGCUGGAGUUUCAAUUCCCCUCCCUGCCCUUGGGCUGGGAGGCAGCUACUGUGUCCUCUUUGGUACUUGGAAGGGGGACAGUGGGGAACCAAGUCUCUGAAUCUCAAAAGGGGGGGGUUACUUGGACCCAACUUCUAAGCUGGAUGGCAGCACAGAACCACCCCUUCCGUUCUGAGGUCAGGUACCCCAAACCUUUGUGAACUGUGUACUCGGUGCUGUUGGCUGUGACCAAACUGCAUGGAUCAGACUUCUCUCAACCAGGAACAAACAUUUCAGAUUGGUCCUUAAUUUCAUACCCUUCCUUGCCUGGGGUGCCAACAGACUCAGUCUGGCCACACCACAUAAAAGGAAGGUUGAGUUUCAGAAUAGGGAAGGUGGUUCAAAACAUAGUGUUAUUCAUAUUGCUUGAGUUACCAGAAAACCCAAGGGUUUUCUUGCCAUGUGUAUUCUGGGGAGAGCACUGAGGAACCGCACCCCCUUCCUCAUUGAGUCCCCUAAAAGACAUUGCUCUGGGAAAAGUUGCACCCAUCCUGGUAUCUCUCCCAUCAGGAUAAGAAGGUUCUGAAGUCCACCCUGAUGAUGCGUCUAGUGCACAGCCCCUUCCCCAUCCAACAUGGCGGCCAUAGAGGAAGGACCCUUGAUAUUUAUUAUUUAUAUGUUUUAGUCAAUGACUAAUUAGUAGGUGCUGUUUUUUGCAGCUUGUCAAUUACGUUACCUUACUAACUAAAGUUGCCUUUGUUCACAAAAGGCUCCCCUUUCCCUGUCUUCCCUGGUCUGCCUGCCUUUCCCCUUCAUUCUCACUGUUUCUGUCAGUGUCCACCCUAAGUCCUACUGGUUCUUAGAACAAAGCAGGGGUGUUAGACACCAUGGCAUAGUUUCCAACAGUACCAUCAAUGUCAGGAAGUUGAUUCGUGUGGAUGGCUGGAACCUCCCAUUUGCUUACAUAGGAUGCUGGUCUCCUCUGUCCCUCUAAAUUCAAAAAUGUUGGAAUGCCUGAGUAUGCCACCUCACCCUGACCCCCGACCCAGGGACAAGGUUGUGAUGGGCUUAUGGCUUGGGGAGGGAGAAGUCUGCUGAGUGUAAAACUCUAGGUCCACCCAGUUACCCUACAUCAGGCUUCUCAAGACCAGCUUAACCGUGAGAACAAGCCAUCACUAGUGGAGGAAUACAGACUCCUUCCAAGAGUGAUUGAUCUUAGGAGGAGGAGCCGGUCAGACCAAGCAGAAGAACUCAGGAGGUAGCUACUGUCUGUGCUGGUCCUAGAACCAUCAGGUAGCUUUCUUUAAAACCCAUAGGAUUUACACUGGUUUUACAAGCCCACGGGAACCAUAAGCCUGGUGCCCCAUCCUCUCCCCUCCAGUCUUUGCCCCCCCCCCCCCGUCAAAGCUUACCUGGGACUGUGGAACCCCUGGGAGUCUCCCCGCUCCACCUCUCUUCUGCUAGAGAUUUGUGUAUUCUGUCCUGGAAGGUCCCUGGGAGCCUCAGACUACGAGACAAGGUCUAUCCUGACCCAGUAGCUCUCAAUGACAUUUUCCAUACUGGAACUAGUUGGAAAUGACAAAGUUGACUUUGUAUCCCCUGGGCUUCUUCCUCACUCACCACAACUAAUUUGGGGUAUUUGUUUCCUUUGUUUUACACCCAGAGAAUAAUUUUCGCAGAUACUGCUUUUAGUUUUUUUUUUAAAGUGGAGAAUUUAAAACAAGUUUAGCAUUAUUUAAGAAACGAUGUUUUCCCACGGAAAAUGACUUAACUCCUUAGCUGUUGAUGUUUUCCUGCUGAAAACAGUGUGUUUGUCCAAAACCACAGGUGAAACACCAGCCUUGGGAGGUGGCUGCCUGAGGGUUUUCAGAGCCCAGAACCAUCAUCUCUGGGAACCUUAAAGUCUGCAUUCUGCAGAAGCAAGAAGCCUUGGACGCAAGUGCUGACCAAGGCCCUGGACAGUCUAGACAGCUGAGAAGGAAGUGGGGCAUUCCUCAUGGGGAGAAGUACCUCUCUAUGCUAUUUGGUAACUACCCCUCCUAAAGCCUACUUCCUGGGCUGUGCAGGAAACCAGAGUCUCCCACAAAGAAGGGGACAAUGCCCAAUGCCCCCUUGCUCUUGCGAUACAGCCCAAGGUCCUUUGUAAUGGAGAUCAGGAAACCACAUCUCUCAAUGUUGGUUUAACUAUACAAAUUGAAAUUGAGUUUAGGAGAUAUAAACAUAGCCACACAAAUACAUGCGCGCACACACACAGGCAUGCACACUCACACUCAGGCAUGCACAUGCACACACACUCCAAAGGGGUUUGUUGCUAUUUUGGAUGUAUGCCUGGGUGUUUGAGGGAUAUGCCUCCUUCUGGCUGCCUGGUUUUCAGACAGAGAAGAGGAUAUUGACUGAAAGUGUGACCUCUCUGCCAAGACAUUCCAUAACAGAGAAGAGCGAUCAAUAGCCUCAAAGUGCGGAGCGUGAAGAAGACAACAUUUACAGCCAAGUUCAUGAGGGUUCAGAUCACCAGCUGCUGACAGCAUUGAGGAUAGACUGGAAACUAGAGGCACCCCAGUCGGUCAGUUUGAGCAUGCAGAGAAGGCCUGGCAGGCCAGAGAAGCUCUACUGUAGGGGUCAUAAAAGCAUAAUGAGAUCCAGGACACAAGUAGAGGUGGGUGAAACCAUGGCUGAAAGACAAAAGGGAGUGUGGAAAUCGUUGUCUUACUGGCCUGCACGUGAGCCUCCUGUAGGAAGGGCAGCUCUGAGCUCCCAGCCUGUCAAAGAAGAAGGUGCAGCUCUGCAGAGGGAAACCAGCCUUGAGUUCCUGCUGGACACUCUUUUGUUUGUUUUAAUAGGAAAUCUGGUUUUUCAUUAUUGGUUACUUUUUCUCUCAUUUUCUAAUUUUACUUAUUUUUUGUUUGUCUGGGUUUUUUGAGACAGGGUUUCUCUGUGUAGCCCUGGUCUGUCCUGGUUUAUUUAGUUUUUUUAAAGGAUGUGAGCAGAAAAGUUCCAGAAUUGUGCUCAGGCCAAGUUCUCUUUCUGGAAAAGUCAUCGGUGGGAGGGAGGGAGGGAGAGAGCCAGGACUGUGGAGGGAUGGAGGUUUCUGCUCAGUCAUCCCCUUCUCAGAAAGCCUGGCUUCUGCCAGAGGGCUGGCUCAUGGGACUCCUCUGAGCUGUGCUGAAGAAGGGAGACUACAGUCUGGGGUCUGGGGUGCGGCCUCAGAAACAGAGAGGCUCUAGUCUGCCCAGGGCUCCACCUUCCGGCAUUCCCUGUAACCAAGUGAGGAUGGCAGCACUGCCAGGAGAUGAUGAGAGACGAGGCUGGGGGGCUGGGGAGCACCGGGACCAGCUCCACAGCCCACAUCGGAGUUGCCAUGAUGCCACUGUUCUGGAAGGUUCUUAGGAAACCGUGUGGGGCUGUGCUGGCUCACAAGUAGUUGUCUUUGCUUCUGCCUCAGUUACCUUAUUUUGCCCGAGGGUCAACCCCAGGCACUACCUCAAUGUCUGCUGAGAAGUUUACCUGGGGGUGGGGUGGAAUGAAGGUGGCUGGCUGCGCUGGAGCUGAAUGUAAAAUCUAUGCAAAUCUCUCUCUCUCUCUCUCUCUCUCUCUCUCUCUCUCUCUCUCUCUCUCUCUCUCUUUCUCCUCCUUCUCCUUUCCUCUCUCUCCCUGUCUGUUUCCUUCUCCUCCUCUUUUUCCUCCUUUCUUGUAUAAGUUUUGGUUGGGUGUUUGUUUGUUUGUUUACCUUAUACACAAGCUAUUCUACAGCACCCUCUUCCGACUGAGGGCUUUUACCCACCCCCUGUGUGUCUACUCCUCCUGUUGUCUUUGGUUCUGUUCUUGCCAAGUCCCACACAGGGAGAAAGUGGCCUCUCUUCUCCCCUCACUUGGCUGGGAAUGUUCUCACCGCCUAGGUCUGCAGACAUCACUAGGAAGCAGGCCCUGCAUCUCCCCUCCCCACCCCUUCCAGUGCCAUCUUCUCCUUCCUGCAUUUUUCUCCUACCUCCCACCUCCAUCCCCACUCCUCCAAAAAGCCUUAGGUUUCUCCUUUUUGAAAUGUGGCCUUAAAAUUAUUUUUGGAAAGCUGACAUCCUCCCCCUCUAGUUUCCCCCGCCAUCACAGAAGAGAGAGCAUCUUGAAGCCCGCAUGUGUGUGGCGGCCUCCCGAGCAAAGGGACUGCCGAGCUGUAGCUGCAGAUGCUCUGUGCAUAGCUUAAAUGUCGUCUUUAAGAAAAAUGCUCCCAUCUCUUUCCAAUGGGUGAAAUGAAGUCUUGAGUGCUCUUGCAGCUCUGAAGCACUCUCUGAAACAUGUUGCCCUGGCAGUGGGCUGGCAUCACCAGCAGGAUGCUCUCUACAGCUUUCUAGUCUCCCCCUCCCCCAAGACCCAGUGACUUUAGGUACUUCAUUCAAGGAUAAAUCAGGAACAUUUCUCAGUUUAUCUCUUCAUCCUUCUUACCUGGAAAGUGACAGCAUUACUUAUUCCCAGUGGAUGGGUCACGUUCUUGAAGGGAUGGUCCACCCCCUCCUUCAGACUCUGCCCUGAACCCUUCCAUCACUCCAGUGCUGAUGGAGGCCAAAGACAACCCCAGGGUUUUCAUAGGAAAUUCACUGGUAUUGAGCGCAAUGGUCUUAUCCAUUUAUUUUUUUCUUUCAAAGGAAAAGACGAGACUCUUACGUUGUUGGUAGCAUUUGUCCCAAUGUUUGUUUGAGAGGCCUCAAGAUACAUUGUUACUGCCUCCUUUGUUUUCAAAGACAUGUGGUGAUAUAGUUUUUAAAAAUAACUAUUUUGUUAUAGAUCAUAAUAUGCAUAAAACUGUACAGAAAUAUUUUGUAAUGUAUUGAUUUUAAAAAAGAGAAUCUGUAAAUAAAAGUUUAAAAAUAAGAGAGAGUUCACACGGCACACGCUGAAAGAUGUAGAUAUUUUGCUAUUUAUUUAAAGGAGUAUUUUAAGAAAUAAUAAACUAUCUGAAGUUGACCAAUAAUCAAAGUUCUAAUCAUCUGAAUACUUCUUCUCAUCAUGGUGAAGUUCAGUCCUCACAACCGUGUUAUCCGCCCAUAUCUGCCUCUUUCCUGUGUUUUCAUUUAGUCAAAAACAACAACAACAAAAUUGUGCCUUAGCUGUAUUUCUGUCUAGGGGAAUUUGUUUCAGUCCAACAAAGCAACAUUAUUUUUUUUUUUGCAGAAAACAGUGGAUUAUUAAAUACUGUAUUAUACCAAAAACACCACAGGUGUACAUAGACGCUUUCUGCCAUACUGUGUUUUCAGAA